AUGGAUGGUUUCGACCAUUCUACUGCUCCUCAGGAAUAUAACGAGCUUAAAUGGCUCGCCAAUAUUUUCGUUGUUGGAAUGGCUGUCGGCUGGGUUGCUCACUAUGUGGAAAUGAUUCACACAUCGUUCCGGGACCGUACCUACUGCAUGACCAUCGGGGGCCUUUGCAUCAAUUUUGCUUGGGAGAUUGUUUUCUGCACAAUGUAUCCUGCCAAAGGCAUUAUCGAGCGGGUUGCCUUUCUUGUUGGCAUUUCACUCGACCUUGGAGUUAUCUACGCGGGAAUCAAGAAUGCCCCAAAUGAAUGGCACCACUCUGCAAUUGUUGGUCCUGCACAAGCCUAUACGUGGGGGGCAAUUGCAUGUCAGCUCUUUAUUAGCAUAGGGAAUGUAUUUCAAUUAUUGAGUCGCGGAAACACCCGAGGCGCAUCGUGGACGCUAUGGAUCUCGAGGUUCUUUGGAUCAACGUCAGCCAUUGGCUUUGCCCUUGUUCGAUAUUUUCGUUGGUGGGAGGCUUUUUCGUAUAUAAACUGCCCACUCGUGAUAUGGUCCGUGGCCAUGUUCUUUCUCUUCGAGAUCCUAUAUGGCGUGUUAUUCUGUUCUGUCAAGCGACAAGAGAAGAGCUCCCAGCGUGGAAUCAAGCACAAGGAGAGAUAG